ACAGGGCGGGGCUUGUCCUCGAGCCUGCGUCACAGCGGCCACCGGGACCUCGACUCCUCUUGGGUUUCUCCGAGGGGACUGCGCAAGCGCGAACCCACGGGGAUUCCAGGGUCCAGGCGGCGAUGCAGACUCGGGGGUCGGAGGGCCGCGCGGGCGGCCCGUCGGUGCUGUUCGUGCACCCGGACUUCGGCGUGGGCGGCGCGGAGCGGCUGGUGCUGGACGCGGCGUUGGCCCUGCAGUCUCGCGGCUGCCGCGUCCAGGUGUGGACGGCUCAUUAUGACCCGGGCCACUGCUUCUCGGAGAGCCGCGAGCUGCAGGUGCACUGCGCCGGCGACUGGCUGCCCCGCAGCCUAGGCUGGGGCGGGCGCGGCGCCGCGCUGUGCGCCUACGUGCGAAUGGUCUACCUGGCGCUCUACAUCCUGCUGCUGAGCGGCGAGGAGAUGGACAUGAUCGUGUGUGACCAGGUAUCUGCUUGUAUCCCAGUGUUUAGACUGGCCAGACAUCGGAAGAAGAUACUGUUUUACUGUCAUUUUCCUGAUUUACUUCUCACUCAGAGAAAUUCUUUUCUUAAACGACUCUACCGAGCCCCCAUUGAUUGGGUGGAAGAGUAUACUACUGGCAUGGCAGACUGCAUUGUAGUCAAUAGCUCCUUCACUGCAAAUGUUUUUAAGAACACCUUCAAGUCCCUAGCGCACAUAAACCCGGAUGUCCUCUACCCUUCUUUGAAUGUCAGCAGUUUUGACAAUGUGGUGCCUUCAGAUCUCGAUAACUUAAUUCCCAAAGGAAAGAAGUUUGUUUUUCUUUCAAUCAACAGAUAUGAAAGGAAGAAAAAUCUAACUCUAGCUUUAGAAGCAUUACUUGAGCUACGUGGGAGAUUAGAUCUUCAAGACUGGGAAAAAAUUCAUCUAAUAAUGGCUGGCGGUUACGAUGAACGAGUCCUGGAAAAUGUAGAGUAUUAUAAAGAACUGGAGAAUACAGCCGACCAGUUUGACCUUAGCCACCAUGUUACAUUCCUAAGGUCUUUUUCAGACACACAAAAGAUCUCUCUUCUCCAUAAUUGUACUUGUGUGCUUUAUACACCGAGCAAUGAGCAUUUUGGCAUCGUUCCUGUGGAAGCCAUGUACAUGCAGUGUCCUGUCAUUGCCGUGAAUUCAGGUGGACCUCUGGAAUCUGUUGUAGAUAACAUAACAGGGUUUUUAUGUGAACCUGAUCCAACACAGUUUUCUAAAGCAAUGGAAAAGUUUAUCAGAGAUCCUUCCUUAAAAGCUACAAUGGGGUCGGCAGGAAGAGCCAGAGUGAAGGAAAAAUUUUCAUUAGAAGCUUUCACAGAUCAGCUAUACCAGUACAUAAGUAAAUUGACAGAAUAAUCAUGUAGUUUUAAAACCUUUUCUAGAGGCAGCUAGGUGGUACGGAGGUUUUUAAGGGCUGGAUUUGAAGUCAGCCAGACCUGAGUUUGAAUCCUGCCUUAUCCAGUUACUAGUUGUGUGGUCCUGAACAACUCAUGUAACCUCUCUUACCCUCAAUUUCCUCAUUUGUAAAAUAGGGAUAAUAAUAGCAUCUACCUUACAGGGUUCUUGAGGAGAAAAAUGAAAUAAUACAUGUAAAGCACUUUGCAAACCUGAAAAUACCAUAUAAAUGGUCUUUAUUAGAUUACAGUUAGAUUGACUGAACUAAUUGACUCAGUUUCUAGACUCAGUUGUACUUCUAAAAAGAAAAAUCACUCCAAAAUUUAUCUGGUGCAGAGUGGAUUCAUCAUAUGUUGAAAAUAACAGACUUAGGUCUAAUCUUUCUCAUCCUGUAAAUAUUUUUGAAAGUGAGUGAGAACACACAUCUGAUAAAUGGCAUAAAGGACAUCACACUAAGGGCACGCAGGACUAGAAGAGGAAGUUAGUGGAUCAUGUGACAAGACUGAAAAGAAGAUAGACAACCCAAGUGUUGCACUGGUACUGAAAGAAAAAAAAUUUUUUGAAAGAAAAAGAAAAUACACCUUGUCAUAUUAUUACUGUCUUUAAGAUUUUAAGACAUAAAACCUGAAAAAAUUCCUAACAUUUUAAUUAUAUUCUAUCUAGACAAGUAUUAGGGUUUGUAUGCAUUUAAACUACAUAGUCAUGUCACAUGCAUAUUAUGGUUUGACUAGAGAAUUUGUAGUUUUAAUUAUCCUUAACUGCCAUUAAACCAGUAUGUAAGAUUAAAUUUUAAGUCACAGAAUAUCAGCGCUAAUAGUAUUUCUAUACUAAAAAUACUUGUUCAGCUUUACAUGAUCUGCCAUACUUGUGGAAAAAUGUAUGUUUUUUUGGAAAAGAUUAAUUAUGACAUUAUAAACAAUGAUAUUUUUGUAUACUGUUUUUGCUUGCCAAAAGAGGGAAGCAAACACGUGUGAAGAAACAAAUAAAAUGGUAUUUUGGAAGCAUUUUUUUUUUAAUUUGAGGCUGUAUUUUUCAGUAUUGCCAGUAGGGGAACCAUUUUAGUACCAAAGCUUGAAAUCACACAGUUUAAAAAUCAUAAAGGAGAUACUUGCAAUAUAUAGCCUGCAAUCUGUUUCACAUUUUUUUUAAUAUCUGUAACAAAACAUUAAAAGAUGAAAAUAAGUAUA